AUGUCAGGGAUGCAGAUGCAUAUGUUGCCAUGUGCCUCACGGACCAUGUGCACGGAACAGAAACGCCAGAGCCAACAACAAGGAUCGAAGAACCGCAGUAUUGGCACAAACCCGGAGAGAAGUGGCACCCAAGUAGCAGACAAAGUGGAUGUGAUUCGACAUGCCCAAGGAAACAAUGGUAGCUGCAGCAGGAAGGCAAUUGUGGAACACAAAAGCAGCGAGGCAACAACAGUGGGGCCAUCUGAUUUGUCCAAGAGAGGCCAAGCUGAGGCAAAACGUGUCAGCAAAAAUGAAACAAGAGAUGAGUUGGCUGCAUCUACAGCAACCACUGAGUCGACAACAGAAGAGGACUCAGCCUUGGUUGAAUCGGCUGCAUUGGAAAUGGAGGCAUCUUCUGCUGAGGUUGAGGAUGUCAGCACACCAGCCACUGUGCUGCCCACUCAGCGCUCCUUAAACAAGCAAAAGGCAAUGCCACCCAUUCGGCGGUCACAGCGCAAGCGGAAGUCAGUGUCUUAUGCCGAGAGGGAUCACGAUGACAUCCCUAACAGCAAGGCUAAGGGCUACGUCAUCCUGGACAAUGUUGGAAGCAAGAACGAGGCUGUGGCAUUGCCAGCCUUGAAGCCAGUGGUCUGUAAUUGGGAUGGCAACAAAGUGCUGUGUAGCAUCUGCGGGGAAGGGCAGUCUGCUGAUGACAGCAAUUCCAUGAUCUACUGCAAUGGGGAUGGCUGUGGAGUGGCAGUGCAUCCACAAUGCCAUGGACUGGAGGAUGCACCGCUGGGCCUGUGGCUGUGUGAUGGCUGCAGAGAUGGCUUGUGCCCUCAAAAUGCCAACUGCGUGUUGUGCCCUGUGGUUGGGGGAGCUGUGACAAAGGUGCAUUCACAGGGUGAAGUGACAGUGCCGCAAAGGCCGCAGGACAGGUUGUACGUCCACAUAGUGUGUGCCCUGUGGGUGGAAGAGGUGCAUUUCGCUGAGCCUGAUCGCUUGUCAGGCAUCCUUUUGGACGAGAUGACCCAUGUUCGAGCAGGCUUGAAGUGCACCAUGUGCAAGCAGGCUGGGGGAGGUGCCAUCCAAUGUCGCUAUGGCAACUGCUGCAAGGCCUUCCACGCCCUCUGUGCCCGGUCGAAGGGCUGGGUAGUGUCCUUCUGCAGGGAUGGGUCGACGGCGCAAUUCUGUGGGCGGCACUCAGCGGGCAAGAGCUUCGCGCUGGAGCGCCGGGCCAUCCUCAACUGUGGCAGCUCCUCUUCAACGUCGUCUUCUGGCGGCGCCGCCAUGUCAACCGAUGGCGGGAGCGAAGGGAGCGAUUCUGCAAAUGAGUACGAGGAGGAGAGGAGACAGAACAUCGAACGGAACAGGACGUAUUUGGAAGGUUUGUGUGAAGGGUGA